AUGGGCGCCCUUAACAACGGGGCUCUAUUAGUAGGGAACGGGGAAUCAAUGAGAGUCGCAGAGGAAGACAGGGCCACGGGUACGAGCGUUAUCGGAGAAACAGCCAUGGAUUUUUCCUUGGAGAUGGUGCUGGCGCAGGGCUUGAUGGACGAUAUGGCAGGCGUGUUUCAGGAGAUGUCUUCGGAAGCUAAACGGCGUGUGGUGCAGAGGGUGACCAAGUCGGGAGCCUUACCAGUCUCCCGCGACGCCCCCGGCUACUCGGCAGUCCUUAAACUGUUAGGGGUCACGGAUUCCAGCCUAGACUGUGGCGAACAGGGGGCGAACUCGACCGGAAAUACUGGAAGGGCAGAGAGUAAAAACUGUCGGGCGGGAGAGGACUGGGCGUCCGAUCGCAAGACGGCCAAGAACGAGGCGGAGGCAAGGACGCGAAAGCUCAGCAGAGCAUUCAUGGCUGGCGCAGGAAGCGCCGACAACAUCGAAGCCGAACGAAAGGCGGCCGGAAAUGGCAAUGCCUUCGUGCCCACCGAACGCGAUCAUAAGUUGCAGAAACACCACGACGAGGACGGACAAUCAGGGCAUUCGGUUGGGAAGACAAGCGGUGGUGAAGCAAAGGUCGACAACGCCGCUAUUUCGGGGCAUGGGGGUCAGGGGGCAGACAAGGGUGUGAGAAGAGGGCUCGCGUCUCUCGGAGAUCUACCCUCGCUCGGGAGGAGGAUUGACCCUGGCACCCUAGCGGACCUUAAGCAGCAAAGGGUCAGAGUGAAUCUCGAUCUUCCAAGGAACGCCUUGUCGUCGAGGCUCAAACCAGCCUGUGACGGGAGCCAUGCGGACGGCUCUCGGACUGCCAGAUCGUCGAGAGGCCACAACGAUGGCAGGGUUGAUGGUAAUGGGUGGGCAGGCGGGGAAUCUUGGAGCGGGGGCUCUGGGGAUGAAGGUGCACGAGAUGGGGGAGGCCCGAAACGUGGGCGGAAGGAGAGAUCCGGCAGCCGCAGGGAGGGCAACGGGGCCGAUGGAAUGCCCAAAGAGUUCCUGUGCGCCAUCAACGGCCACAUGAUGAAGCUGCCAGUCAGGUCGCCACACGGGCAUGUGUUCGAGCUUUCUACCAUCUUGCUGUGGCUUGAAUCCAGGGGGCGGGUGUGCCCGUUUUCCGGAAAGCCGUUGAGCAAAGGUGCCUGGGGUUUAUCGCCAGGAAGGUAA